AACAUGGCUGCCACGGAGGCAGAAGAUGAUCAAGAAACUCUGAUCAAAACUUUAUUCACAGAAUCCUUCCCAGAAUCAUGGCGAGAUAGUCCAGAUUUUGCUGUUUAUCUUGCGGAACUUUGUUCAUCUGGAGUCGAUAGACUUGGCCGAGAACCUGACCGCUUGGCCGAAGAAAGAGAUCAAGUGCUUCAACAGACUCAGGAUCUUGCUUUCCAUAAUUAUAAAACGUUUAUCAAGACAGCUGACUGUUCAAGGGAGAUAUUUCAAGAUUUUCUUUCAGUAGAAAACCAUGUUGAGAGUUUAUUAGAGAAGCUUCCAGUGUUCUCCGAGACAUGCAAGGAAUUCAUGAAAGCUGCACAAGAAAUAAACACCAGUCGCAGGUUAAAUUCUCUGACAUUAGCAAGACACACCCAGCUACUUGAGAUUCUGGAAAUCCCUCAGUUGAUGGAUACUUGUGUUCGUAAUGGUUAUUAUGAAGAAGCUCUUGAACUUGCAUCCUACGUCAAGCGUCUUGAACGAAAACUCGCCAACAUUCCUGUCGUACAAAAGAUCGUAACAGCGGUACAAUCCUCUACCCAACUCAUGCUCUCACAACUCCUCCAACAACUUCGUUCUUCAAUUCAACUACCAGCGUGUUUGCGAGUAAUUGGUUAUCUGCGUCGUCUUGAAGUGUUCCACGAAGCUGAACUCAGAAUAAAGUUCUUACAAGCACGAGAUGUGUGGUUGAAGAGUGUUCUGAGUAGUAUUCCUACUGAUGAUCCAUAUUAUCACAUCACCAAGACUAUUGAGGCUAGUCGCGUGCAUUUAUUUGACAUCGUCACACAGUACAGAGCUAUAUUCUCUGAUGAUGACCCAAUACUCUCCAUGGAAGACGAGGAAAAUCCAGUUUAUAGUAAUCUAUUUCAUUGCUGGAUUGUGCAAAAGGUGUCUCACUUCCUAGACAUUUUAGAGAAAGAUUUAAACCUUGGAAUGGGUGGUCGAUUGGAUUCUCUUCUUGGGCAGUGUAUGUACUUUGGGUUGUCAUUUAGCCGUGUUGGAGCAGACUUCCGUGGUCUCUUGCCGCCUCUCUUUCAGUCGGCAUCAUUAAGAGUGUAUUCUGCUGCUGUUAGAGAUGCUACUAAAGUAUUUGAAAAUACCAUGUCCUCAUACACCUUACAGUCUCUUCCAAGUGUUCUAACUUCCACUGUUAUGUCCACAACUAUACAAAAGUCUGAUGAAGCUUCCAAAAAUCUUACACCUCCGUUCAGCUUGUUAGAGCAUCCUCCACUAGCUGCAUACACUAAUGCAAUACUGUCUGCCUUCAAUGAGCUGAGACACUGCGCACCACUGUCCCUGGCCCAUCCAGUCCGAGAUGAAUUACACACGUCACUCAUGGUGGUCAUUCAGGCUACUUGUACAUUUCACAGAACCGAAGCACCAGCUCUAAAUGAAAAGGAACGCUCACUGUUCACAAGUUUUUCCAAAGCAAUUGUCAAAGACCUUGUACCUUACAUUGACCGUUGCCUAGCAGCAAUUUUUCCGCUAAAUUGUAUAAUUAUGACUGGGCCCAGUACUCUCAGUGAAGGACUAGAUCGACCAAUGGGACUCAAGAUACGGGAUAUUACGUCACCCUUGUUACCCAUGAUCCCUCAGGAGAUUGUAGAAGAGCAAGAAAUCAAAACCGAAGAAAAAACAACAGCUCCAUCUGGUAAUAAAAAUAAUAAAGAAAUGGCAAAAACUCAAGAAGUUAAUAAAAAUACUAAUGAAAUCAAAGAUGAGAAGGAAAGUACAAAAGAAAGUGAGACAGAAAAAACACAAGAAACAGAUUCUCAAGAGGAUAUUCCUCAAACUAUCGUACCUCAAAAAAUGUCAGAUCAAGAAGAGAAGAAGAUGGACUAACAUGUAGAAAUUCUUAAAGUUUUCACUUGUGAUGCAAAUGCAAGCACAGGAAAAGGAUAAUUUUUGAUCCUUGUUUUUGUAAUAGAGGCUUUGGACCAUCAUGUGAUGACAGGAGGUACAAUAGCAGUCUUUAUCCUCUGGCAAAACUGAAUUUUGUCUCAUGUAAACCAGAUUAGACCAGAUUCAAUUGUUCCUGCCUCCUGUUCAUGGCUGCCAUCACAUGAUGGUGCAAAGCCUCUAUCAUAUGAGGGUAGCACGUAGAUACGAAAAUUAAUAUUAACCAAGUAAUGUUUAUAAGGGAUUAUCAAAUAAAUAUUUCAACAAUAAAGUUUAGCCUUUAAGGUGUGAAAUCAA